CCUGGGCUCCGAGGGGCGGGGUUGCGAAGAUGCGUCACGCGCCGUACGACGCCGCGCGUGCGCUCCUUUCCACGUGCGAAAGCUCCAGACUCGUGUAGUCUGGGUCGCUCCAGAAGAGUCCUGAGCCGGGGAGCUGAGCUCUCGCCAUGAAGCCAGGUUUCAGCCCCCGUGGGGGCGGCUUCGGUGGCCGAGGGGGCUUCAGUGACCGCGGUGGUCGUGGUGGAGGCCGAGGAGGCUUUGGCGGGGGCAGAGGUCGGGGUGGCGGCUUUAGGGGCCGAGGCCGAGGAGGAGGAGGAGGAGGACGAGGUGGUGGAGGUUUCCAGUCUGGUGGCAACCGGGGCCGCGGUCGGGGAGGAAAAAGAGGAAACCAGUCGGGGAAGAAUGUGAUGGUGGAGCCUCAUCGGCAUGAAGGUGUCUUCAUUUGUCGAGGAAAGGAAGAUGCCCUUGUCACCAAGAAUCUGGUUCCUGGAGAAUCAGUAUAUGGAGAGAAGAGAGUCUCUAUUGCGGAGGGCGAUGACAAAAUCGAGUACCGUGCCUGGAACCCCUUCCGCUCCAAGCUGGCAGCAGCAAUCCUGGGCGGCGUGGACCAGAUCCAUAUCAAGCCAGGGGCCAAGGUGCUCUACCUUGGGGCUGCAUCAGGCACCACUGUCUCCCACGUCUCUGACAUUGUAGGCCCGGAUGGUCUAGUCUAUGCAGUCGAGUUCUCCCACCGCUCUGGCCGUGACCUCAUUAACUUGGCCAAGAAGAGGACCAAUAUUAUUCCUGUUAUUGAGGAUGCUCGGCACCCGCACAAGUACCGCAUGCUCAUCGCAAUGGUGGAUGUGAUCUUUGCCGACGUGGCCCAGCCAGACCAGACCCGGAUCGUAGCCCUGAAUGCCCACACUUUCCUUCGAAACGGAGGACACUUUGUGAUUUCUAUUAAGGCCAACUGCAUUGACUCCACGGCCUCUGCUGAGGCUGUGUUUGCCUCUGAAGUGAAGAAGAUGCAGCAGGAGAACAUGAAACCCCAGGAGCAGCUGACCUUAGAGCCGUAUGAGAGAGACCACGCCGUGGUGGUGGGUGUGUACAGGCCACCUCCCAAGGUGAAGAACUGAACCCCCCUUCCAUCUGGAUUGCCAAGAGAUUAUGUUGCUACUGUUUCACGUGUGUUUUUCUAUUAAAAGACUUAUCCAGGCGCACCUGGGUGGCUCAGUCGCUUAA